UGUCAUGGAGCCGCGCGCCCUGGCUCGCGCAUGCGCCACCUGACCCGUAGGUCCGUUACGAAGUGGCGACCCCCCCGCCCUAGGGCGAGACUGCUGAAGAGAGCCCGGAUGAGCCUGCUUCCAGCCCAGUGAACCAUGGAGAGGAGCCCCCCGGGCCGGGAGAGCCCCCGGAAACGCUCGGCCAAGCUCAGCAAAGGGACGGAGCCGAGGAAGGGGGCUCAGCACCCCCGCCAGGCGGCUGCGGAGUCCGACAAGGACUCGGGGUUUUCAGAUGGGAGCUCAGAAUGCCUGAGCUCGGCCGAGCAGAUGGAGACUGAGGACAUGCUGGGUGUCUUAGGCUGGAGCCAAGAAGACCGGCGGAGGCUGAGCUCCAAGACGGGACAUGGUGCCUACCCUGCCCUGUCCCCCAUGGUCGUCAUGAAGAAUGUGCUGGUCAAACAGGGCAGCGGCUCGACCCAGCUGCAGUCCUGGACAGUCCAGCCCUCCUUUGAAGUGAUCUCAGCACAGCCCCAGCUCCUGCUCCUGCGCCCACCUGCACCCUCCCCCAUCAGCCCUGGCCACACUGGGGAGAAAAAGGCAGACUCCAGGAACUACCUGCCUAUUCUCAAUUCCUACACCAAGAUAGCCCCACACCCGGGCAAAAGGGGCCUGCCCCCGAGCCCAGAGGAGCGAGGGGAGGGUGUGGCGCAGAAGAAAUUCUGCACAGGGGGCCCAGGGCCCAGAGGGUCUCGCAGCGAGCCGCCCAGCCCCUCACCUCCAGCACUGCCCAGUGCCAAGCUCUCAGAGGACUCUGCGCCGCAGGGCGUGCCCUCCCUGGUGGCUGGGGGGAGCCCACAGACUCUUCAGCCCGUGUCCAGCAGCCACGUGGCUAAAGCACCCAGCCUGACCUUUGCUGCCCCGGCCAGUCCUGUCUGUGCUUCCGACAGCACCCUGCAUGGCGUUGAGAGCAGCUCCCCACUGUCCCCACUGCCCGCUAGUUACAGCUCCCCACUGUGGGCCACCGAGCACCUGUGCCGCAGCCCAGAGCUCUUUCCUGAGCAGAGGCAGAGCAGACACCGGCGCUUCCAGAACACACUGGUGGUCCUGCACAGGUCCGGCCUUCUGGAGAUCACCCUGAAAACCAAGGAGCUGAUUCGGCAGAACCAGGCCACUCAGGCAGAGCUGGACCAGCUCAAGGAGCAGACGCAGCUGUUUAUUGAGGCUGCCAAGAGCAGGGCUCCUCAGGCCUGGGCCAAGCUGCAGGCGUCCCUCACCCCCAGGGCCGGCCGUGCAGGCAGUGACCUAGACGCUCUCUCAGAUCACCCAGACGCGUAGCACUGAGCGCUACUGUCCUGUUACUUGAGUGAUUCUUUUCAUUCUUGCCACUGUCUACUCCUGCUUCCCAAAGGACGAGUACGAACUUCUCAAUGUCAAGGGGCUAGCACCUGGCUGGCUGCUGUCUUCCCCUGGGUGUGUGCACAGAUGCCAUAUGCCUGUGCUCCUCUCGACCUCAGGCUCCGAGUGUCCUCCAGUCCUUCGUCCGUGGUGGAGAAAUGGUUACAUGUGGAGCUGCCACCUGCAGGCUCCACAUGGGAUGAAGACUGGGCUCUCUGUUUCUGUAAAGAGUUAGACUUGAAAACCCACGGGUGUUUCUGCCCUGCCCUGUGGGGUCACUGUGAGUCCGGAGCAGGCACUGAGGUGGGGUGUGGGGCAUCACAGGAGAGAGUACUGGGGUGGGUGGUUCUCCUCCGACCGGGAGUUAGGGUGCAGGGCCGUGGACAGGAACAGAGAGAGACGUGGUCACAGCUCAGAGCCGGUGUGUCUGCGUGCCUCGGCUCGUGCCAGCUGGACCCAGCUGGACCUCAGAGACUUCGUUUUCUUCCUCGUGGGAGCCGAGCGGAGGGGCACACCAGUGGCCUCACCUGCUCUCCACAAGCCCGCGCUGCCAGGCUAGGGUCUUCAGACUUCUCGGGAAUGAGAAGAAUCCAUUCAGUGCUUUCUGGGGUUUUAUUCGCUAGCUUGCCUUUUUCUCCGGGGAAUCCGAAGGAAGCAGAUCCCUGGCCAGCACCUUUGGUCCGGAGCUGGAAGAUCCUGGUCCUUUCUGCAUUUUUCUUCAUUUGCAACAGCAGGGUCUGUCUUUUGGCUAGCACCUUAAAGGCAAUUUGCAUGGUCCUGCAGAGUGUAGUGUGUGUGAGGUAACUCUCUGCCCCCCUGCCCCCUAGUUUCUCCGAAACAGGAGAGCUGGUAGGCUCUCAGUGGCUGAUCCUCCCAGGCAAUGCAGUCAACCUGAGAUCGGCCUACAGAGAGCUUGCUGCUUUCCACAGCCAGAGGUUCUGUGUGCCCCGGCAUGGUCACAGGCAAAGGGACCUGGGUCGGCUAUUCACCGUUCACCUAGAAAUGUGAUGAGAUUCAAACUCUCCUGUAAAAACUGCCCCUGCUUGAAACUCUUUCCACUUGACAAAUGAGUGUGUUUAGUGCAACACAAGGAAAAUGCUGUUGACGAGGUCUUGUGAAGGCCACAGGCUAAUGGUCGUAGUCACUCACCAGCUGCCCCUGAGCUGAUGUGGACUCACAGUGACCCUGUGGCAUACCCCGACUCAUGCUGCGUAAGGAUUUCUGUGGUCGAGUGUUCUAGAAAUAGAUUGUCAGGAAGGAGCCCUGGUGACAUUGUGUUGGACUGCUGACCACAUGGCCAGCCACUGGAACCCACCAGCCCCUGCACA